UACCGCACUGUGUCCCUUGAAGACAGGUGCUCCUUUAAAAAACCCAAAAAACUUUUCCUCUAUUGCAAUGGCGACCAAUAUUCUAAAGUUAAACCGGUUCACAUUAAUCCACACAAAUACCGAGAUUUCAACGAUUUGUUAACCGACUUGACAAAUAAAUUACCGUCCAACUCUAAACUGACGUACGGAGUUCGGCAGAUUUUCACACCUGUGACAGGGAGGAAGAUUAUAAAUUUGACACAGCUGAAUGAUGGCAGAAAUAUUGUUUGCGCCGGUUUCGAAUCUUUCAAACCGAUUAAUUACGGAGAAGAUAUCACGACGGCCUGGUCUAAUGAGGUAAAAACCAAAGAUAACGACAAAACUGUUCAUCAUCAAACUGAUCAACAACAACAGAACAAAUCUUUCAUGCAAAAAACAUCUUCACAAACUGACAGGGAACAUUCAAAACCAAAAGAUGUGAAAAGUGGGAAGUUGCUGAUCAAAAACAAAAUGUCGCACAAGAUCAAACGUUUAGAAGAGCUUGAUAAUCGGGCCGCUAAUUACAAUAAUUUAGUUGGCGUUAAUGAUUAUGGGGGUAUGGGCAAAAUGUUUGGGAAUGGGAAGAAGAUGGUAAGUUUAACAGCUUACAAAAAAGAACUUGCAGAAGUUCAUGUUAAGGAUGAAAGACCUGUAGAACUGGUGAUAGAGAGCAACUUAAAAACAGUGACAAAAAUUAAUUUGCCCGCUUCAAAUAAAACGGCCACAAUUUCCAAACCAUCGACCGCAUCUCAGUCAGUAUUAACGCCCGCAUCGCAGUUGUUAACGUUACCACCACCACCACCACUGACGACGACGACGGCGACGGCACCGACGGGGACACUUUUGAAAACAAAUUCUAAAAAACUGAAGAAGUCCUCCCCCAUACGAACGAGCAACGUGGAUUCUGCCAACAUGCGCCGACAGCAAUACACCACGAUGGCCGUGCACAAAAGCAAACAACAGCGACAAAUAUCGGCUGUUAAAAGAAUUCGAGAAAAAUACGAAUUUCUCGAAAUUCUCGGCGAUGGCAACUUUGCUGUCGUGCGACGAGCCAGGAAGUUGGGACACAAUCUCGAGUUGGCCGUGAAAGUCAUUGACAAGUCAAAGUUGAAGGGCAAGGAAGAUAUGCUGGAGAACGAAAUUUGUUUGAUGAAGUUGUGCGACCAUGCCAACAUCGUGAAGUUAUUUGAAGAGUUUGAGACAUUCAGUGAGAUCUACCUCGUCAUGGAGUUAGUUAAGGGUGGCGAUUUAUUUGACCUGAUAAGUUUGCACACGAAAUUUGAUGAGUGGACGAGCAGUUUGAUGGUCUGUGACCUCACCAGUGCCCUCUACUACCUCCACUCCAGGUCCAUCGUUCACAGGGACAUGAAGCCUGAAAACAUUCUCGUGCACAAUCGUUCGAACGGUAGCAUUUGUUUGAAGUUGGCAGAUUUUGGACUUGCGAUGGUCGUGGAUGGUCCCUUGCUCAUAGUUUGCGGAACUCCAACCUAUGUGGCUCCUGAAAUCCUCCUCGAACAAGGGUACGGUUUGCCUAUCGACAUGUGGGCCCUUGGAGUCAUAACUUAUAUAUUGCUCUGUGGGUUCCCGCCGUUCAGAAGUCCUGACCGCAACCAAUCCGAACUGUUUGAGGCCAUUAAAUUGGGCGUCUACGAGUUUCUCAGUCCGUACUGGGAUGAUGUUUCAGCCGAGCCGAGAAGUCUAAUAGAAAAACUGCUGGUGGUCGAUCCAGCUGUCCGCUAUUCAGCGAUCGACGUUCUCUGCCACCCCUUCAUA